UUUGGGAACAUGACAUCUCUUGUUGUGCUUGAUCUCUCAUUCAAUGAUCUUGAAGGUCCAUUACCAGCGACCCUAGGUCACCACUUCAAACAUUCACCCUUACGAGAACUCUAUCUUUCCGACAAUUUUCUUACACAAUUGUCUUUAGAAAAAAUCCUUCCACAACUUUCAGAAUUAGUUGUGCUCGAUGUUGCUGGGAAUUAUUUGAAUGGUGUGAUCACUGAAGCCCAUUUACAGAAUUUCACUAGAUUGAAGGUACUUGACUUGUCAUUAAAUGAGUUGAUUUUAAACGCGAGCUCAAACUGGAUUCCCAAUUUUCAACUUGAGUCCAUAAAUUUGGGAAAUUGCCAAAUGGGCCCACGAUUUCCCCAAUGGCCCCAAAACCAAAACAGAAUUUUGAAACUUGAUAUGUCUAAUGCAAGUAUAUCAGGCACAGUACCUGAUUGGUUUUGGUAUAUUUCUUCAUCGAUGGAGCAUUUGUUUCUUCAUUACAACCAGCUUAGAGGGGAAUUGCCUAAUUUAUCAUCAAAAGUGACUUUGUUGACACUGGUUAUAAGUGGAAAUGAAUUUGAGGGUCAUCUGCCUCAGUUCCCCUCAACAAUAGAAACACUAAAUUUAUUCAACAAUCAAUUUUCAGGAAGCCUUCCAGAUUGUCGGACAUAUGGGCAAAUUUUGGUUUAUCUUAGUUUAGCAUACAACCAAUUGUCUGGUAAAAUCCCUGAGUCAAUUGGCCAUCUAAUUAAUCUUAAAUGGUUGUUUUUGAAUUAUAAUAGCUUGUCUGGAGAGAUACCUCAAUCCUUGCAGAGCUGCACAAGUUUGGUUGUCCUGGCUCUUGGGAAAAAUGCACUAUCUGGGAGCAUACCGACAUGGCUGGGGGAAAGUUUCAAGAAUCUGCAGGGGAUUUCGUUGCAUCACAAUGCUUUCGAAGGAAAUACACCAGUGCAGCUUUGCCAAUUGAGACACUUAAAUUACCUGGACUUCUCUUUCAAUUUAUUAUCAGGACCAAUUCCACUUUGCAUACAUAAUUUUCUUCAAAUGGUUGGCAAAGAAGGUGAACAUUCUGUUCAUUCACUCGAUGCUUCUUAUACAAAGGAUGAACUAAAAAGCCAGAUGUGGAUAUGGUCAUCAGUUAAAUAUGGUCCUUUAUUUAAGACGAUGGAUCUUUCACAUAAUAUGCUGAGUGGGGAGAUCCCAAGAGAAGUUACAUCCCUAAUUGGAUUGACGCAUCUGAAUCUUUCCUAUAAUUAUCUGAAGGGGAGCUAUUCCUUGCUAUAUUGGGGCCAUGAAAUUGUUGUAUUAUCUAGAUUUAUCAAACAACCAGCUUUCUGGCACUAUUCCUCCCAGCGUUUCUAAUCUUACUGAUCUUAAAGAAUUGAGUUUGUCAUAUAACAAUUUGUCUGGGAAAGUUCCCUCACCCAAUAAUUUUAGUGCAUAUGCAUUCAUCGGAAAUCAUAAAUUGUGCGGUCCUCCACUUGCAAAGAAUUGCUCUGCAAAUGAAUCACUGGAAAAAACAGAAUGCAGCAGUGACAGGAAAUCAGAAGGCCAAAAUGAUUGAAUUCAAGAAAAGGAAGAUAGGUAUGGAUUUGACCCUUUCAAGGAGAAGCCUUCAUUCUAUAUCAGUGUGGCUAGUGGAUUUUUUACAGGGUUUCGGGGAUUUUGGGCUACUUUAGUCUUCAACGAGUCAUGGAGGCAUGUCCAAUUCCGUUUCUUGGGCAACAUGGAUGACAAAAUUUAUGUGUGUGUGGUAGUUACCGCGGCUAGGCUGCGAAGGAAAUUUCAGAGGGAACAAGUUGUUGAGUAAGAGUUCAAACUGGUAGAAAUUGUGUGGUUAAAAUGGACUUGAAGAUAUAUGUUUCCUAUGACUGCAAUCAGUUGGCUGAGAAAUAUUUCAAUGGAAGAAAUGCUAGGGGAACUUUGCCAAAUAAUAUAAGCUUGAGCUACCUUGUUACUGUUCUGUUAGCUACUUAUGUUUAAUUGUUCUGUUUCAUACUCUCCGUUGGUUGGUUUGUAAAACAAACACUUCUUAUUAUGUUGUUUUGUUUGCUCUAUUCAUAGUCUAUUUACAGCAGGAUUGUACUUGUGUUAAUUAAGUUGGGUAAAUGAAUUUAUA